CUGGAGCCUGGAGGCAGAAGGAUUUGGGCCAACUGGGGAGUCUUAGAGGGUGGAGCCAACAUUUGACCAGACCCUCCCAGCCCCAAACUGCAUUCACUGAUCUGCACCGCCUGCACGGAGAAUCUCCCCUGAGCCCCUUCCCAGUCCCGGGAGGCCGCUGCGCCAGCCACGCCGAUCGAGCCCUUCCCGGGCUGCACCCGGACCAGGCUCCCUGCCCCAGGCCGGCUCUAGCUGUGACACCGCGGCCGCCCCCGGGAGGAGAGGCGGCCAGCCUGCUGCACGCAGGGGUCCUGCCAAGCGCCCGAAGAUCUCACAGAACCUCCUCUCCUCCUCCUGUCUCCAGAGAACAUGAACUUUGGGGCCCCCAGGAGGAACCUUCUGAUGCUGCUGAUGGCCUUGGGCCUGACCCAGGGAGACUCGAUGAAGCCCUCUCGGGGUCAGCUGGUGACAUGCACAUGUGAGAACCCACACUGUAAGGGGCCUACCUGCCAGGGGGUAUGGUGCACAGUGGUGCUGGUACGUGAAGAAGGCAGACACCCCCAGGAACAUCGGGGCUGCGGGAGCCUGAACCAGGAGCUCUGCUGGGGGCACUCCACAGAGUUUGUCAACCAUUACUGCUGCUAUAGUAACUUCUGCAACCACAAUGUGACCCUGGUGCUGAAGGCCACCCAAACUCCUCCAGAAGAGCCGGGAAUAGAUGGCCAGCUGCCUCUGAUCCUGGGCCCAGUGCUGGCUUUACUGGUUCUGGUGGCCUUGGGCACUCUGGGCCUAUGGCAUGUCCGGCGGAGGCAGGAGAAGCAGCGGGGUCUGCACAGUGACCUGGGCGAGCCCAGCCUCAUCCUGAAGGCAUCCGAUCAGGGGGACAGCAUGUUAGGGGACUUCCUGGACAGCGACUGUACCACAGGCAGUGGCUCAGGGCUCCCCUUCCUGGUGCAGAGGACUGUAGCACGGCAGGUUGCCCUGGUGGAGUGUGUGGGAAAGGGCCGCUAUGGUGAGGUAUGGCGUGGCUCGUGGCACGGUGAGAGUGUGGCAGUCAAGAUCUUCUCCUCGCGAGAUGAACAGUCCUGGUUCCGGGAGACAGAGAUCUACAACACAGUACUGCUUAGACACGACAACAUCCUAGGUUUCAUCGCCUCAGACAUGACCUCGCGCAACUCGAGCACACAGCUGUGGCUCAUCACCCACUACCACGAGCACGGCUCCCUCUAUGACUUUCUGCAGAGGCAGACGCUGGAGCCCCAGCUGGCCCUCAGGUUAGCGGUGUCCGCGGCCUGCGGCCUAGCGCACCUGCACGUGGAGAUCUUUGGCACGCAGGGCAAACCAGCCAUCGCCCACCGUGACCUCAAGAGUCGCAAUGUGCUUGUCAAGAGCAACCUGGAGUGCUGCAUUGCUGACCUGGGAUUGGCAGUGAUGCAUUCCCAGGGUAGUGAUUACCUGGACAUUGGCAACAACCCCAGAGUGGGCACCAAGCGGUACAUGGCACCCGAGGUGCUGGAUGAGCAGAUUCGCACCGACUGCUUCGAGUCGUACAAGUGGACUGACAUUUGGGCCUUUGGCCUGGUGCUGUGGGAGAUUGCCCGGAGGACCAUCAUCAAUGGCAUUGUGGAGGACUACAGGCCACCCUUCUAUGACAUGGUGCCCAAUGACCCCAGCUUUGAAGACAUGAAGAAGGUUGUAUGCGUUGACCAGCAGACCCCUACCAUCCCUAACCGGCUGGCUGCAGACCCAGUCCUCUCUGGCCUGGCUCAGAUGAUGCGGGAGUGCUGGUACCCCAACCCGUCAGCCCGUCUCACUGCUCUACGCAUCAAGAAGACACUCCAGAAGCUCAGCCAGGAUCCAGAGAAGCCCAAAGUGACCCACUAGCCCAGGGUCACUGGACUUCCUCUGCCUGAAGUGUGUGAUGGAGCAGAAGAUGUAUUGGGUAGAGGUAGUAUGAGUGUGCAUGCUAUGGAGGGGGUGUCCCCUCUGUGUGCCUGCCCAGCUUGGCCCCCAGCCCAUUCAGCCAAAAAUACAGCUGGGCUGAAAUCCAAUCUGCGGCUGUCUGGCCUGCUGAAAGUAGCCGGCUCCCUGACGCCUGGCUGGUUCUCCAUCUCGAAGGCCAGCAGGACACACCCCCUACCACUCCCAGGCAGGAUGCUGCAGAGGCUCUAAGCCAGGGUGGCCAAUCCAGGGAAUUCCAGUCCUGGGCUUGCACUCUUCCCUGCCCUUAAAUCAACCCUGCUACCCUAGCACUCUACCAGGAUGGCACAGAGCCCUGUCCAGUUUCAGAAGACGCUCAGUUUUGCCAGCCUCAGUCAAAGAUACCCAGGGCUUCUCAGUGUCUCUUCAUAGGUUUAUAUUAGAUCUAUGAUACCUUUCUGUCUCCCUGACGAGACUCCCAAUAGCAAGUGCCACCCUCUUGGAGGAGCUGGUACCUGAUCUUUCUACUCCCUUCACCAUCCCAGCUGACUUAUUAGGGCAACAAACCCAAGGGGUCCUGCUGAGGGUAUAACAGGACCAUGAAGCUGGGAGAAGGAAGUAGAUCAGAUGGGUAAGACCCAGGAUUUUCAGAAUAUCUGGUAGGACGUCCAGUCAAGCAUGGUAGGGGAGACCCACAUAUUGCUCCAUGUGACAACAGUGGGGCCUUCACUGUCUUAGAACCUUUGUUUCUUCAUGGACAUACUCUAAGAUCUGGUCCUGAUGUCCUUUGAUGCUUCUCUGACCCUGAUUUUCUUUGAACCUCAGCCUGUAUGAGCACUGGAAGUUCACUGGUCUUGUCUCCUGGAACUCUGCCCUUGUCAUUUGACCAAGAGAGUGUUAUGUCAAGAGAACUUGACCUAGAAAAACACAAAAAGUUUUGGAAAUGUGAAAGGAUAUAUACCUGUGUAUGGAGCAGGUGACUCGGGAGCCUGGGUGGGCUCAAGGGAAGUUGGUUGUAGACAAGCCUUGAGUGGGUGGGGCAGAGCUCAGGGGAGGGACAAGAACAGUCUCAAGCUGGGGAAGACCCAGCCUAGCAACCCUUGGCCCUUGCAGGUAUAAAAGAACACUCAUCCUCCUCCCCACACACAAGGACCCCUCUGGUGCCUCUGGUGUGUGUCUUUCCUGCUCCCAAUCACAGCUCUUACCCAGGCCUAGCUCCACAUCACUAAGGAGAAUCAGGAAGUGAAACUAGGUGAAAAUAGAAAGCUCCGAAGACCAGUGGUUCCCAGACCAGGGUGGGCAGAAUUUCUGGAGCCCACACAGCCCAGAAAUCACCUUUCUGCUGGAAGAAUUUUCUCUCUACUGGAUUUGGGGGCAAACUCUGCCUGAGACUCCAUAGUGAAAAACUGAGGACAAACAACUCUUCCAAGGCUGGAAAAUCCUAAGUGGAGAGGGUAUAAGGGAGGAGGUGGAGUGAUAGGGGACAGGGUAGGGAAAGAGGCCUGCUGGACACAACUAUCAGCAAAUGCUUUUAAGUCUAAGGAGGUGUGUGGAGUGGAACCUGCCUUUCCCUACCUGGAGAUACGGUUUAUAGGAGCACUUAGCCUGAGCCUCACACAUAGUAUGUCUACAAUAAACCCUGGUUGAACCCUGA